UGUCAAAGUCAUUCCCGACAUUGUCCUUGUCAACAACAAAAGUAGUACUAUAUUUUGUUUUUUCGCCUCAAAAAACGUUAUUAAAUCGCAAAAAAGAUGCUGUAAUGUCCGUUUAGCUAAAAAAACAAACAAUAAAGAAGCACCUUAUGCUUGACGCGGACCUCUCCAGCGAUGUCUCCCUCUGAGAAAAGGUUACAAAAAGAACUGAUGUCCCUGGUAAAAGACCCGCCGCCAGGGGUGUCCGUGGACGCGGACCAAGCCGAACAGAAUCUCUCCUUAUGGACUAUUCAUAUGGACGGUGCCCCCGGCACCCUCUAUGAGGGCGAACGCUUUCAAUUACAGUUUAAAUUUAGUAGUAAAUAUCCCUUUGAUUCACCAGAGGUCACAUUUACCGGGGCUAACAUCCCAGUGCACCCUCACAUAUACAGUAACGGGCACAUAUGCUUAUCGAUUUUAACGGACGACUGGUCUCCCGCACUGUCAGUGCAGUCUGUGUGUCUUUCCAUUAUUUCCAUGCUCAGUAGUUGCAAGGAAAAGCAAAGGCCCCCUGAUAAUGCCUUCUAUGUGAAGACAUGCAAUAAAAACCCAAAGAAGACAAAGUGGUGGUACCAUGAUGAUUCGGUCUAGUGCAAGGAAAUCUUACUAUAUAUUAUUAUAUAGCUAUUUUUUUAAUAAACUGGUUACUUUUAGUACUUAGCAAGUGAUGAUUUUUACAAAGGGGGUGGGAGGGAGGUUGUCAUAUAUUAUCCCAGAAAUUUUAUUUAAAUUAGUCUGUGAUACAUACGCAAGUCUUGUUUAUUAUUUUUCAAAUUGGGGCCUAAGGCGUGGAUAGCUCAGACUGCCUUUAUCCAGUAAGUAGGUGUGACCUUAGAGGAUUUUUUUUUCUUUUUUGAACGUGUUGUUAUUGUAAUAUAAAUUAUUGUACCUGU